AUGAGUAAAAAAGGAGGCAAGCAUGACCUCGAGUUUUUGAGCGAGCAUGCUGUCCAUGUUGUCGAGGCACCGCCCAAUAACGGCGGUGGCCUCGAGGACCUCCUUGCAUGUAGGAGGAAGCUCGAUUGGGCCAUUCUUGUCAUCUUCGUCACGUGCUCCCUCUGCUCCCACACUUUCCUCACCUCCCCUGCUCCACCUCUGGGUUCAGGAGCACCGUCAAGUCCAUCUGAUUCACUAUCUGGAGGGUUCCUGUCACCCAUCAAGCCAGCUCUCGUCUUCUUCAGAGAUUGGUUGACUGCGAGAAAUGCGAGCCUCGAGCUCAGUUUUGCGCUGCUUGAUGUUACUUCUAAGGGUGUCAAGGCCCUUCUUGAGUAUUUCUACGUUGCUGUUGUUCAUUUGCAUAGGGAAUUGGGUGGUGGAACAAGGGCGAACACAACCGAAAAAAUACUCUGGCAACGGGUGCUGCAGAUCCCAGAGUCUAUGUGGUUCAAUCCUGUUGGUUGUAUUAUGCGACACUUUGUUGGCAAGUUCCACCUACUGGCACACAUUGCUUCAUGUCAGCUUCAAUACUCUUGGAACUUUGCACGAUGGAAAACCACUCAAGCAAUUCACAAAUGCAAGGAGAGCACCGCAUUUCUCGAGCACUUUGAAAAGAGUAUUUCCCCAGACGACAUCAACACUUGGACAAAGGACGUCACUGAAUGGGAAGACAACCAGACAAGACCAAACCCAUUUGAGAGUAGGACAGAAAUUCUCUCAGUGGCUGCUGUUUGCCUGAGGCUUGCUGAGGAGGAAUCUAAGAACCUCAAGGAUGGCACAUCAAAGUUACUCUACACUGACAUGUCCAAGGGUGGUCUUAUUUCAAUCAGCAACUGGGUUCAGGCUCAGUCAAUUUAUAUCUCUUCUUUGACCAUCCUUCGGCUGAAUGUGCAAAAGUCCAACGAAAUUAAUCAUCCUGAGACCAUGUACCUUUGGCUUCCAUCGGCACUCCAUGGACAUGUCAUUUGCAAGCAUAACCUUAUGAGAAUUGAGUGGCUCUUCAGAGUUGCUCAAGCUCACAAUGCACUUUCUUCCAUCUGCCAAAAUCUACACCUGAUCUCCCAUCUCUAUUACUGGAAGGAUUACUUCUCCCAGGGGCAGAGUGCCAAUACAAGGUCACAUGUCCAGAUAGAGGGGGUGGAAAAGAAGAUCAACACACACGUUCAAACAUAUUAUAUUGCCUAUUCUGCCCUUGAGGCGCUGCAGACCAUCACAUCUUUGGAAAAUGCAGAACAUUGCCUUCUUCUCCCCACCGAGCUUUGCAAGCUCAAGAAUACCGAUGUACGCCCCCUACAAGACAUCACUACUCCCAUAUCCCAAAGCGGGAAGGAGCCAACAUGGAUCUGGUUAGCAGGCAGUCAAGCUAGCCCUCUUCUAGGACAGCAGCCACCAGAUGAGGGAAUGUAUGAUGCAAUACAAGUCAAGUGGUACAAGGCUAAAGCACGUCAGAUGAGAUGGGCUGAAGAAGUUACCCUUCUUGCUAAAGAGGUGUGGUGGUUUCAGGAUGGAAAGCAUACAUCCUAUGCCAGGCCGCUCUUUGUGAGGGGUUGA